AUGUCGGGCGUAUUCCUCCCUGAUGAACUCAUCGCAGAAGUCCUUUCAUUCCUUCCUGUGCAAUCUCUGAUGCGACUAAGGUGUGUGUGCAAGUCAUGGAAAACCCUUAUAUCUGAUAAAUCAUUUGUCAAACUACACCUUCAGCGACCUUCCAGAAAGAAACACAUAGCAGUAAUCGAAACAGAAGCAGGUUACAAUGUGGUAACUUUUCCUUUGAAUCAUUUAUUGGAGAACCCGUCGGUAACCAUCGCCACCAACUCUUACUACCGAUUGGAGUACAAGGAUUGUAGCCGAGUUGUUGGUUCAUGCAAUGGAUUGCUUUGUUUGCUUGGUUAUUCUUACCUAAGGAAUCAUGAUGAAACAGUCUUCUGGUUCCAUAUCUGGAACCCGGCUACAAGGAUAAUAUCCAAAAAAUUAGGAACUUGUCACCAACCUUGCAGACCAGGCAAGCUAACUUUUUCCUUCGGGUAUGAUAUUUCAACUAGAACUUAUAAUGCUGUGGUUUUGUGUUCUAGGGAGGUGAAAGUUUUCCGUUUCGGUGAUAAUAUUUGGAGAAAAAUUGUAAGUUUUACUCCUUAUAACCUUCUUGAUACCCUUGGCUGUAGUUAUGUGAACCAAGGAGUGCAUUUGAGUGGCACUGUUAACUGGAUAUCCAUUUAUCUGAAGGAUGUUACUGUUGAGAAAUUUGUGAUUAUCUCGCUUGAUCUUGCUACUGAGACAUACAGGAAAUUGUUGCCCCCUCCUGGUGCUGUUAAUUUAGUGUCACGAUAUACUGAACCAACUAUUGCUGUUUUGCUGGACCGCCUUUGUUUUUCUCACCAUUUCAAGGAAACUCAUUUUGUUAUAUGGCAAAUGAUUGAAUUUGGAGUUGAACAAUCUUGGACUCAAUUCCUUAAAAUUAGUUUUCAAAAUCUACAGGUAGAUAAUUUUUCGGAAUAUUAUCUCUUCCCAUUCUGUCUUUCUGAGAAUGGUGAAACAUUGAUAUUCGCAAGCUAUGUAGGACACAAAGCAAUUCUUUAUAAUUUGAAAACAAAUAGAGUAAAGAAAGCUAUUGGUAGUGCAAUAACGUGGUGUUAUUCCAAGGAUUAUGUUGAAAGUUUGGCUUCGAUUUGUUGA